CCCUAGGCCUCGCGUCUCUGCACCCCGCUUGGGCCAGCAUGGAGGGCUACCACAAGCCGGACCAGCAGAAGCUGCAGGCCCUCAAGGACACUGCCAACCGCCUGCGCAUCAGCUCCAUCCAGGCCACCACGGCGGCCGGCUCUGGCCACCCCACGUCAUGCUGCAGUGCCGCUGAGAUCAUGGCUGUCCUCUUCUUCCACACCAUGCGCUACAAGGCCCAGGAUCCUCGGAACCCCCAUAACGACCGCUUUGUGCUGUCCAAGGGCCACGCCGCCCCUAUCCUGUAUGCAGUGUGGGCCGAAGCCGGCUUCCUGCCCGAAGCAGAGCUGUUGAACCUGAGGAAGAUAAGCUCCGACCUGGACGGGCACCCUGUCCCAAAACAAGCUUUCACGGAUGUCGCCACCGGCUCCCUGGGCCAGGGCCUCGGCGCUGCUUGUGGAAUGGCCUACACCGGCAAGUACUUCGACAAAGCCAGCUACCGUGUCUACUGCAUGCUGGGUGAUGGGGAACUGUCAGAAGGCUCCGUGUGGGAGGCCAUGGCCUUCGCGGGCAUCUACAAGCUGGACAACCUGGUGGCCAUCCUGGACAUCAACCGCCUGGGCCAGAGCGACCCUGCCCCACUGCAGCACCAGGUGGACAUCUAUCAGAAGCGCUGCGAGGCCUUUGGCUGGCAUGCCAUCAUCGUGGAUGGACACAGCGUGGAGGAACUUUGCAAGGCCUUCGUCCAGGCUAAGGACCAACCGACUGCCAUCAUCGCAAAGACCUUCAAAGGCCGGGGGAUCUCAGGGGUCGAAGACAAGGAGGCCUGGCACGGAAAGCCUCUGCCCAAGAACAUGGCAGAUCAGACCAUCCAGGAGAUCUACAGCCUGAUCCAGAGCAAGAAGAAGAUCCUGGCCACGCCACCUCAGGAGGAUGCCCCCUCGGUGGACAUUGCUAAUAUCCGCAUGCCCACCCCACCCAGCUACAAACCUGGGGACAAGAUUGCCACCCGGAAGGCCUAUGGGCAAGCACUGGCGAAGCUGGGCCAUGCCAGCGACCGCGUCAUCGCCCUGGAUGGCGACACGAAGAACUCCACUUUCUCCGACCUUUUCCGAAAGGAGCACCCGGAACGUUUCAUCGAGUGCUACAUCGCCGAGCAGAACAUGGUGAGCAUCGCCGUGGGCUGCGCCACACGCAACAGGACCGUCCCCUUCUGCAGCACCUUCGCUGCCUUCUUCACUCGCGCCUUUGACCAGAUCCGCAUGGCUGCCAUCUCUGAGAGCAAUGUCAACCUUUGUGGCUCGCACUGUGGCGUGUCCAUUGGGGAAGACGGACCCUCUCAGAUGGCCCUGGAAGACCUGGCCAUGUUCCGCUCCAUCCCUGGGGCCACUGUCUUCUACCCAAGCGAUGGCGUGUCUACGGAGAAGGCGGUGGAGCUGGCUGCCAAUACAAAGGGCAUCUGCUUCAUCCGCACCAGCCGCCCAGAGAAUGGCAUCAUCUACAAUAACAACGAGGAAUUCCACGUGGGUCAGGCCAAGGUGGUCCUGAAGAACAAGGAUGACCAGGUGACCGUGAUAGGUGCUGGCGUGACCCUGCAUGAGGCCCUGGCUGCUGCAGAGCUGCUGAAGAAAGAUAAGAUCAACAUUCGCGUGCUGGACCCCUUCACCAUCAAGCCUCUGGACAAAAAGCUCAUCCUCGAGAGUGCCCGCGCCACCAAGGGCCGCAUCCUCACAGUGGAGGACCACUACUACGAAGGUGGCAUAGGCGAGGCCGUGUGCGCCGCGGUGGUGGGCGAACCUGGUGUCACCGUCUCCCGCCUGGCCGUGAGCCAAGUGCCACGCAGCGGGAAGCCGGCGGAGCUGCUGAAGAUGUUUGGCAUCGACAAGGACGCCAUCGCCCAGGCCGUGCGGGGCCUGCUCUCCAAGGCGUAACUGGGGCGAAGGGUGCAGUGGCCCACACACACUCACAUUCCUGGGGUUCUUGCCAUGGUGCUUGUGCAGGUCUGAGAGGGUAAAUAUAUGUUUGGAGAAAACCGA